CACACACACACACUGCUCUAUCUUUGCGCCUAACACACACACACACACACCUGAGUGGUAGGAGCUGCUUUGUAUUAAAGGCAUGAUUCCGAGGAAUGAGGUGGUGCUCUCCGUCCUGGAGGAGCUCCAGGAGGCCACAGAAUCUGUUGGCUUGGAUGCCCUGAUAAAAGUGGCUCUUGAGGUGGAGCAAGUACUUGCUCCUUUUCACCUCCCAACAGUGCUGUGCUCAGAGAUCUCUUCUUGGAUGGGCAUCGAUGCUAUGGCUCACAGACUUUACCCAGCAGAUGCCCCGGCUGGCCUUCUUCCUCUGGUCUGCAAAGGGGAGGGUAAUCUUCUGUUUGAUGCUGCCAGCAUGCUUCUGGUUGGUUCCACAAGCUUGAGCUUGGAGCUGCAGGUCAGGACAGUGGUGGAGAUGCUCCUGUGGAAACAGUACUACCUGUGCGGCAUGAUAGACUCCAAGGUCAUGCUGCAGGCUUCCAGGUUUUCGCUCUGUGCUGAAGAAACGCAGGAUAUGCUUAAGCUGCCUAUGCAGGUUCUGGAGGCCAUCUUUGAUGCUGAUGUCAAGGCUUCUUGCUUUCCGAACUCUUUUGCAAACAUGUGGCAUGUAUAUGCUCUGGCUUCCGUCCUUCAGUGCAACAUCUACUCCAUUUACCCUAUGUAUAACCACAAGAUCAGGCCCUAUUUCAAUCGCCUGAUUCGUCCCAGAAUGUGGCCCAAAGACUCUGAGCCUCUGACCCUCCACAUAAUGUGGUCUGGUGAGCUUGAGUCUGGCUCUGUGUUCAAACCACGCAACUUUGUGGCCUUAAUCCCUGCCAGUGAUCUCAAAAUUGGAAGUCCAGGGAGUGAGCAACGGAUGUCAUCGGUUAAGUCCCUGGAACCGUUAAACGAGGAAACACAACUCUCCUACUCCACCCUGAAAGACAAGUUCAACAUCACGAAAAGCACCUUCUAUCGCUGGAAGAGGCAAAGCAUGGAGUAUCAUAAGAAAUCUGUCGCCAGGUAUGAAGCCAAACACUUUUUUCAGUCUUGCUACAAAGAAGGCAAGCUCAUUCCCCAGAACCAGUUCAGGGAGUUCUUUCCAGAAAUCUCCAGAUCCACAUAUUAUGCCUGGAAACAUGAGCUCAUGGCUACUGGAAGUAUCGGUUCUGGAGGUUCCACUGGAGAGGUGAGUCCUGGAGAUAGCAACGAGCAGGACUACUGGUCCUCUCCUGAGAGCAUGAAGCAGCCCAUCCAGGAAACCUUCACCAGCAUGUUGGCACAAAAGUCUGAGAAACUGGAAGGAGAUAAAUUCCAGAAUGCAGCCCUAAUGCAAGAAGCAAAGAAAAGCCUCCAAAACUGUAUUGCCACCAAUACAUCGUUUCCCUACCGCAUUUUUAAACGAAGGUUCCCAGGAAUCUCAAGAUCAACUUAUUACAAUUGGAGGAGGGAAGCUCUGCUAUUUACACCAUUCAAAGAUCGAUCAGGAAGCGGGGAAGAAGGCAUGGAUCCGGAUAAAGUCCAGAAUUCGAAAGAGAAGCCGUUGCCAGUGGGUUUGCUGACGACUCACAGAGUAAUCCCUAGGGUUCGGCUUUCGAGAUGCAGUCAGAAGACUCUCCGGCUGAUCUACUUGCAGAAAAAGAAACUUAGAGAGGAAGCCAAAGCAUGUGUCCAGAAUUCCAAGAUGCCAUUGUUCAAAUUCAAGCUCAAGUUCCCGUCAAUAUCGUCGUCGUAUUAUUGGCUUUGGAGGAAUAAGAAAGCUGAUAAAGAGUCUGGUGUGAGUUUUGAUACUGAUAAACUGGAAAGUGUCAAUGCCACUGGAGAGGUUCUGAAGCAAGAGGAGAAUCAGGAAACGUUUACUUUUGAUGGAAAUGCCGAGUACUUGAACAACCGUAUGAUCAACGGCAGCCCUGAGUUCUCUCCAUCAUAUUAUCCUCUUUCUGACAAGACCAACAGCAACGAGCAAAUUUUUGUGAUGGAUGUUGUGGCGCUGGCGAACUUUAAGGCUAAGGCCAAACUUUUUCUCCAGCAGCGUUUCGAGGAGAAAUCGUUUCCUACUUUCAAAGAGUUCAGGUCCUACUUUCCUCUUACUCCACGCUCUACUUAUUAUAUGUGGAAGAGGGCGUUGCAUCAUGGUGUGCCUUUAGUUCAUGGAUAAUUUUUUUCAUUAAAUGCCUUAGGUUAACGUGUCAUCCAUCACUCCUCAUGUAUAUAUAGUUUUUUUACACACUUCUCAUCGACUUGAGUCCAGCAUCCAGGUCAUUUCUGCUCUACCACAGUGUAAUUGCAGUUCAUGCAUCUUAAUUGUGUCUCCCUUUGUUCCCCCACUUGACUUGACCACUUGGUUGCAGCUCAAGGACAUUUGCAUGUGUGUGAAAUCAGACAGUCUGUUUUACACGCUCCUGAUGGCCCUCAGGCAAAAGGCAGUUCAAAGACACUGAUAUCUGGAUUUCAAAUGAGUCUUUUGUUUGAGCUUUGGCCUUUGCUUUAAAUUUUAAAUUGACUCCAAUCAUCCGUUUCUGUUCUUGUAUUUCAUUUUAAAUGUUUCAAAUCAUUUCUUUAAAAAAAAAAAAAAACUAAAACAGGAAAAUUUAUUUUUUUGGAACAAAGCCAUGCCAUGUAUAUUUCAUUUUUCCAACUACACAUAGUGAUUUUUUUUUUCUUCUUUUUAUCUUUUUUUUUUUUUUUUU